AUGGUGAACAUUCUCGAAGAGAGAGGCCUUCUGGAGUCCCUCACCAGCGAUUCUCUCAGGACCGCCUGUUCUGAUCCCAGCCUCUCUCCCCUUAGGGUGUACUGUGGGUUCAACCCUACUACUGAGAGUCUCCAUUUGGGUAACCUCCUUAGUAUAAUAGUCCGUUCUUGGUUCCUCCGAUGUGGGCAUAGGGUUGUUUCUCAUGUAGGUGGUGCCAUAGGUCGCGUAGAAAAUCCCCCCAGCAAGAGCCUUGAGCGGCCCGAGCUUGACCUUCUUGCCUUGGGAUUUCAACUACUAUUAGCCAGAUUCUGGGUCGAAAUCACGGAGCUAAGUGUUUUGCUAUUUUGA